UCGGGCGAGUUAUUCGGGUUUGGACUCAUUUCUUACGCCUUAGGAGGGGCGUUCUCAAAACCAACACAUUCAAUUUCAUGGUAAUAUAUACCUGUGUGUGUGUGUGUGUGUGUGUGUCUGUGUGUGUGUCUGUGUACGCCAUUAAAAUUAGAAACCUUGGAUUUUGGAAUUAGCCCAAGAUUUCCAACAACGAACCCAAAUCAAUGGCUCAACAACAACAACAAACCCUUCCUUCGCAACUGGAUUCAGCUCAACCCCAAUCUCUUCCUCCACCGCCUCCUCCGCCCUUCGAUCCCAGUCGAAUGAUUGGCAUCAUCAAGAGGAAGGCUUUGAUAAAGGAGUUAGCUGCUGUGUACCAUGCAGAAUGCCUUAAAUACUGUCAAGAGCUUUUGGAACUCCAAAGAAAGUGGGAUGAGCCAUUCAUCGACUUGAAAACUCCAGAGGAUGCGAGGAAAGAGACAAUGCGACCGCCCAAGCGGCUAAAGAAAUUACGCUAGGCACUUACUCGUCGUAGGAUUAGCAUCGGUUUCUGUACAACAAUAUUCAAUAGGAUGUGAAAAUUUCCAUACAGACAAACUCAUGACAGUUUGUGAUUCCUGAUAUUUGGUCCGUCUAAACAUUUGUCAUCUUCUAUCCCAAGUAGUUAAGGGAUUUUUUACUGUCAUGUGCAUUACCUAUAUGUGUGGUCCAUUGUGGUUAAAGAUCAAGCAGUCUGAUAUUUGCAAUCCACAAGACUACAGGAGAGGUCUGGUUGUUGCUGCUUCAUCGCUUCAUUCAUCCAUUCCUACGCCUUUUAUGCUGUAAUAUUCCAGUUUACAGGUGCUAUGAGUUGUCUCUUCUACAGUGAAACGUAUUCUCAAAGUAGUGA